AUGCUGCGGGACUGGGCACAGACGGGCUUCCUCCUUCGCCUGCAGGUCGGCCGCCUGGUUGCCCAAGUAAUCGCACCGUUCGAGUCCCUCGAGCAGCUCAGCAUCGGACUUUCUGGAGUGCGCCUCGACUUUGACCGCCCCCACAGAGCCCUCCCCCGACUAGGGAUCUUCGAUCGCAUCCCAGAUCAUGUGCCAGAGGUCGGCGCGGAGCCGGCGUGCAGCCUAGCGGCACCAGGCAGCGCCGAGGCGAUGUCCGCGGACCACCGUGGCACUGUGAACGCCUACUCUCAACGGGGCCGAUCGGCGGCGCAGGACCUGCAGAAAGCCCGAGCUGUGCCGUGCAUGGCCUUGGCGUACAUGGCCGUGCUCGCCCAGGAAGCAGAAGCCCCAGCCGACAGCCCUUGA